AUGGUCUCUACCCGCAGCAGAGCAGGGGUUAACAAGCAAGCUGAAGCAGGACCUGUAGCACCUGCUACUACCACCCCGGACUUGGCCACUAUCCUGGACGACCAAGCCAAAAUGCAACAAGAACUAGCUGAUCUGAGAAACCGUAGUGCUGAUGAGAUGGAGGCCUUCCCUACCACCUUGAAAGGCCUCGCCCUCGAAUGGUUUACCACCCUACCACUAUACUCCAUCGACUGCUUUGACACCCUCUUCCACAUGUUCACCACUCACUUCGCCAACAGCCGCCCACAUCAAACCACAACCAUAUCUCUUCUUGGCGUUAAACAGGAACAAGACGAGAUGCUCUGGGCUUUCAUUGACCGUUUCAGUAAGGCGGCCCUCCGAACACCACACCUUAACCAGGAAAUGAUACUUCAGUGCAUGGUACUCACUCUUAAACCCGACCCAUUUUCCAACAACGUCUACCUACACCCACCCGCCUCUAUGCAUGAAUUGAAGCUUCGUGCCGCGGACUACAUCCACAUGGAAGAGAUGCAAACUCUCCACAAAACAUUCUGCAACGACUACACACCUUCUGCGACAACCCCCCUUAAACAACCUUCACGACCUGAUCCUAAACCCAGGGAACCCCGACAACCUCGCUUUACCAGAUACGCACCCCUAAAUGUUCCUCAAUCCCACCCCCUUGAUGAAGCUCUUGAGGCCGACCUCAUCCCCCUACCACGCAAGACGUCCACUCCCCCCAAUGUCGACAUGACUAAAUAUUGCCGCUAUCACCGAAACAAUGGCCACACGACAAAAGAAUGCAAAGCACUCCAAGACAAGAUUGAAUAA